GCUUGGACGGGGGGCGGAGCUUUCAGUCUCCGUCACCAUGGCAAUCACCGCUCACCAUAAACACAGCGCGAGCCGGUUCGUCGUUCGAGUCACCAUCACUGUCGGGUGAGAGCGGUUCUUCCCGCAACGGCGCGCGUGCGUGCGUGUGUGUGUGUGUGCGGGUGUGAGGGGAAUGACUGCGCGCGACGCGUGAGUGUGUGUGUGUGUGUGUAUGAGAGAGAGUGAGAGAGAUAGAGAGAGAGAGACGGGACAGUUGAGCGCGUGGAGUCACUCGGCUCGCGUCCGUUCAGCGGAGGAGGCGCGGCGCGCACGAACCGGCUGUGUGAGGGUCUCACGCGCUACUGCUGCUGCUGCUGCUGUUCGCCCCGCGCUCGUGCACACCGUCUCUGGGGUGAAAAAAAAAACAACAUAAGAAGAAGGAAAAAAAAAUAAAUAAAUAAAUAAAAACCCUCGCGUCGCGUCGGCGGGUCUGUUGCGCAUUAUUCCAGCAGGGGAGCACGCGGGGAAAAUUCCUCAGCCGGGAGCGCGCGCGCGAUGUAAAAAAUGCGCGAGGUGGAGGAGCUCGAGACACCGGGAAAGCGCGGCGGCACGGGGACUGAGUGACCAGGCCACAGCCAGAGCUUUUAGGCUCGCGCUGACCACAAAACAGGCGCGCGACCGUUUGGGAACGAAUUCUACACAGCUGGAAUACUGGACAUUUCUGACACACACACACACACACACGCGGGCGCGCGCGCACACACACAUCACUGCAGAAUCAGAAACACAAACGGGCGAGACGGACUUGCAGCCGCACGCACGCACGCACGCACGCGCGCGCGUAGUCCCGCGUUCCUCCGUGUACGUGUAUGUGAACGGCGGUCAGGAUGCAGGUGUCCUUCGCGUGCACGGAGCACAACCUGAAGAGCAGGAGUGAGGACCGGCUGUGCGGGCUGCGCGCGGCCCCGCCACCGGGAGGCAGCAGCGGAGGCGGGGGAGGCGCGGGGGGCGGCGGAGGCGGUGGGGGAGGGGUGGAACGGAGCAGCGUGCAGGUCAGUAAUGGAAACUACGCGCCGCAGAACUCCGUCAAAAUCCGCGACAUCACCGGGUCACGAGGUGUGACGCAAGGCCACGCCCACAUGAAGGAGGCUUUUGGCCGACACAGUAACAUGAAGUACAGAAAUUUGGGGAAAUCAGGUCUUCGCGUGUCGUGCUUGGGCCUCGGGACAUGGGUGACGUUUGGGUCGCAGAUUUCGGAUGAGAUGGCAGAGAACCUGAUGACCAUCGCGUAUGAGAACGGCGUGAACCUGUUUGAUACAGCUGAGGUGUACGCUUCAGGCAGAGCUGAGAUCACUCUUGGUAAUAUUAUUAAGAAGAAAGGAUGGAGGAGAUCCAGUUUUGUAGUAACGACCAAAAUCUACUGGGGAGGACAGGCGGAGACAGAGAGAGGCCUGUCCAGGAAACACAUCAUCGAAGGUCUUCGAGGCUCUUUAUCAAGACUGCAGCUGGAUUACGUGGACAUCGUCUUUGCAAAUCGAAACGAUGUCAACAGUCCAAUGGAAGAGGUGGUGCGUGCUAUGACGUUUGUCAUAAACCAAGGCAUGGCCAUGUACUGGGGGACGUCCCGCUGGAGUGCUAUGGAGAUAAUGGAGGCGUACUCGGUGGCUCGGCAGUUCAAUCUGAUCCCCCCGGUGUGUGAACAGGCCGAGUAUCACUACUUCCAGAGGGACAAAGUGGAAGUGCAGCUGCCUGAACUCUACCACAAAAUCGGCGUGGGGGCGAUGACCUGGUCUCCGUUGGCGUGUGGUUUGAUCACCGGGAAAUACAGUGACGGCGUUCCAGAAUGUUCCAGAGCUGCAAUGAAAGGCUAUCAGUGGCUGAAGGAGCGCGUUCACAGUGAAGAAGGCCGCAGACAGCUGGCUAAGAUCAAAGAGCUCCACCUGCUGGCCGACCGACUCGGCUGCACCGCUGCACAGCUCGCCAUCGCCUGGUGUUUGCGCAGUGAAGGUGUUAGUUCUGUAUUGUUGGGAGUCUCAAACACAGAUCAGCUACUGGAGAACUUGGGAGCGCUGAGGGUUCUUUCUCAGAUGACUCCUCAGACGGUGAGCGAGAUCGACGCUCUGCUGGGCAACAAGCCGCACUCCAAGAAAGAGUCGCGCGCGUGAGGACAGAACGAGACGACGACGACGACGAGACCCGAGUGCGACCGGGACGAACGGACGGCUUUCGCUUCCUCCCUUUCCCGUGUAUUCCAUCUUCCUGCAUGGCUCCUGCAAACCACCGGGCUUCCAGAACGAUCCGAACCAAACCCACUCCUGAUCUUUUAUAAAUAUGUUACGGACACAUCGAUACGCCGCUAAAAAAAGGAGAGAUUUUACUCUCCAUAAGAAAAAAAAAACAAACAGAUGAAUAUUUGAAUAAGAGAGAACAUCAUGUCUUCCAGGUGAAACACUUCGAGGGGAGGGGGGCGGAGUUGACUAAAAAAAAAAAACUCACUUCCUUUUCCAAGGAUGCCGUGCGGCAGGCUUUUGGUGCACGCGUGUGUGUGUGUGUGUGCGUGUGUGUGGGUGUGUGUGUGGGUGUGUGUAUGUUAACCCCCUUUUCCACCAACACAGGACAUUUUUAGGAACCGUUUUCACUUUUUCACCAUUUUAAGAGCCGAAUAAUCAGAUGUAGGCGUGUCCUAAGGAAAGCGUUAAAAUAAAUAAAUAAAUAAAAAAUGAUGGAUCUUACAUUUUUUAUUUUUGACCUUAAAGUCAAAUCCUUUACACGUAGCACAAAGAGUGGCACUGUGCUAAUCGUCUGUCUCGUAGCACGCUAACUUUAGUUUACAUUCAUAUUCGUGUUUGCUAACGUAACGUAACAAUCACUGCUCAUGUAGCUAGCGAAUCAUCGUAGUGCUAAAGAAUGCUUACUUUCAAGUGAAAUGUUCACACAACGGCUGCUUACAUCGCCGAAACUCACAGGUUCGGCUCGUCAAGAUUGUUCUUGGUUCAGUGUCAAGAAAAAAAAACCCUUACGAUUUGUUUGUGCCUGUGAAUCGAUUCACUUGAUUCACUUAAAGGAGUCAUUUAAAAAUGUAUUGUGAUUCAUUGAAGUCCAAUAUGUUUGUGGUGCUUGAACAGAACCGCGAAUUGUUGAUGGAAAAUCACAGGAAGGUUCUAGAUUAGGGUUCAGUGCUGUGUCGGUGGAAAAGCAGUGUGUGUGUGUGUGUGUGUGUGUGUGUGUGUGUGUGUGUGUGUGAGUGUGUUAACUCGUUAUCAUAGCCUGCAAUAGGAGUCGCACAGAACCGACUCAGUGUCAAAUAUUCCUCGUAAUCAUUUUCAUGUCACAAUUCAUAUUCACUUCCCUGGAACGACGGACGGACAAAUCGCCACAGCGACAACUGGUGCGUGAAACAGAGCGAACGUACGAAGUGAACUUAUUUCAUGAGUCUUCCUCCAUCGUAUCACCGUGGUCGAAAAACUGUGCGCAUGGCCCUUUAAGACAAUCCCCACUCUCAGUGUGUGUGUGUGUGUGUGUGUGUGUGUGUGUGUGUGUGUGUGUGUGACUCCUGCGAUAACUUUUUCUAUCUCUGAACUGUAUCACUCGCACAACUCAAAAACUGUCAGAGGUCAAAGGUCAGCGAGACCAGAGGAAUCAGUGUAGACAUCAGUGACGAUGAUAUCACGAAGAGAAAUUGCAUCGUGUGUGUGUGUGUGUGUGUGUGGGGUG